GAAUAGACUCGUCACAUCUUCCUUUUUUUAGAACAGCUUCAUGAAGGAUUUAGUUUUACAUUUAAAGGUACAGACACAGAAACAGCCUGUUCUGAGCAGGGCUGAAAUAGAGGGGUUUAUAGACAUGAUCAAAUACAGGAUCAGAGUGGAUUUAGAACAAGAAACUUCACACACAUGUUUUGAGGAGCUCUGAGACUUAUUUAAACUGAAGAGGAGGAGGAGGAUAUGUCACCUUUAACACAUAAAAUUAGUUCAAACACGUACUUGGACACUGAGACUGAAGACUUCUCUGGAAGCCUUUCAUGCCCGCCCAUGUGUGACGUUGCAUGACAGCUAUAAUAGGUGCUUUAAUUACAGAUUAAAAAGCAACACGCCCAACCCCAGGCUUAUUUGGAGUUUAAUCUGAAAAGCAUCUUUGUGUGUUAAAGUGUUACACAUUGAACAUCCUACAGAAACAUCCACAUUGAUGUCAUCGUAUUUAGUUUUAAAGUCUUGAUCAUGUUAGAAUAUAACUUCAGAAAUAUGAGGCCACUCUGACAGUUAGAAACACAAACAGCUCUCGAUGGUAGAUCAGCUGAAAUGGGUCACUUGCUUGCAACAUUAAAACAGGAAGUGCAUUUUCUGUGUUAGCCAAUCAGUAUGAUUUGCUCUUUGGAAAACCUUGAUCACCUUGUGACUUAGUCUGACAUCUGUGUGGGAGACUUCAGUUGUGCAAGAAGGGUGCUGUAGCACAAUGGUCGGAAGGUUUGCUGCUUUGAUUCUUCUCAGUGCUUUGUCUCAAACUGUGGACAUGCAGCACCAGAUCUCUAUGACUGUGGUUGAACCUGGUGAGGAUUUUAACCUGACAUGUUCAAUCACCGGUCUGAAAGCCGGAUUGUUUUACUGGUUUAAGCUCAAGUUCGGCUACAUGGUCCAAACGGUUGCGGCAGGAAGUUUUGGAAAAGUAAAACUUGGAGAACAAUUUAAAAACUCUCGACACACUGUCACAUUCAAGGAGAAUCUGUAUUUUCUCAACAUCAGAAAUGCAAGCAAAGAAGAUGAAGCAACGUACUUCUGUCAAGCUGGAACGGCGUACGAAAUGAAGGUUAUUAACAGCACUCUCGUAGCGGUGAAUGAUCAUAAAAACCAGCAGAACUCGGUCUAUGUGAAACAAAGACCGGAGAUGCAGUCGGUCCAGGCGGGCGGCUCAGUGAAGCUCCAGUGUUCACUUCUCUCCAAGUCCAAAGAAAACAGAGAGCAGUGUCCAGGUGAACACAGUGUGUACUGGUUCAGAGCUGCAGAUGGAGAAUCCCAUCCAGCUGUUAUUUACACUCAAAGCCACAGAAGUGAAGAAGAAGAAGAGAAGAGAAGCUGUGUCUACAAUCUGUCCAAAACCAUACACAACUCGUCUGACGCCGGGACGUACUACUGCGCUGUGCUCACAUGUGGACAAAUCCUGUUUGGUGAAGGAACUACAGUGAAGACAAAACAAGAACCGUGGCCGUUUUACAUCGCGCUUGGGACACUGCUGCCCUACAGCGUGUUUGUGACGGCUGCUCUCAUUUUCUACAGAAACCAAAGGCCCGUGUGUAAACAGUGCAAGGGAGAAAAAACUGCGUCCAAUCAAGGCGAACGUCACAGAUCAGCUGAAGAUCAACCAAAUAAUGAGGAUGCUGGCGAGGCGGCUCUGAACUACGUAGCGCUGGAUUUUGCAGCUAGGAAAGCUAAAAGAUGGACGGCUGCCAGGGAGCAGUCGCUGGAUUGUACAUACUCCGGUGUAGGAGAAAGUCUAUGAAUGGAUUUAUUGACACGUACAGACAGAAGCGGCAUGGUUGGACCAAGAAUAGAUAAUUUUACUCUUAUGAGCUCCAUUAUUGUAAACAUUUGAAUGGAAUCUGAAUGUACGAUUUUGACUAUGAUGGAAUUAUUUAUCACAAUAAAAGACAUCUUUUUAAAAGGGGUACAAUUCAAUGUAAGGUCUGGACCUGACAAACGAAAUGUAAACAUGAUGAGAUUUCUUUGUUCUUAAUGAAAACUGUUGGCUUUGUGGAAACAUUUGACUACACAGAGAUGACUGAACCAUUUUUCUUUUAAUGAAUUUUAGUGGUUCUGAAAAGGAAAAGGGACUCUCUUAUUCCCAACCUGCUUGUGAUGAUAGCCUUGAUGGUAUCCUCUCUGUAGGUUCCAGCUGUGAUACCCCAGCUCCUUGUUUCAUUUUUAUGAAUAAACUCUUUUGUAAGCUGGAUAUAUUUUCCAACAUGACAUUA